UUGCGGCCACUUAGUGGUUGUCCGAAUUUUUGCAGGCCAGAUAUGAUGGGCUAAAGUUGUUAAAUUGACGAAAUAACUGUGUUUGCACGUUGGAAAGCAUCGGCGCCGCUUUCUUUUUUUUUAAAACGGGUUGAGGAAGAUGAUUUGAUGGUUGUUGUUUUUUUGGUAAAGAUUAUCUUAUUUCUCCCACCCUCGGAGUUCUUUAGGAACAAGAUUUCCCUCCGGUCAACGCUUAGCGCAUGCGCAAGAGCGGUGGCUGGCUUGAGACGCCUUUUGCGCAUGCGUUAUUGGAUAGCGUCACUUCAUAUCCCUUGACGAGAUCCUCUGGUCGCGCGUGCGCAACGAAGUCGAGUCUGGGCAAGAAUUGAAGGGAUUAUUAUUUUGUUUUGUUUAUAAAAAGAGCCGGGCGAGUUAGAAUAAACCUGAUCGAUGCUUUCUCCGCGUUCAAAAGAGAAAGUGCAGAUCCGCCGCCGCAGAGAAGCAGCUCCGGCGAGAGGGUAGAGAGGCGCUCGGGCGCAUGCGCAGAAGGAACCGACGCUGGUUAAUGGAGGUCGCUUUAUGCUAGAGGCUGCUUCUCUUCUUCCCCGUCGCUUGUUUCGUGGCAACAUUGCUAAAGACUAAUUUAGAAUUUUUUUGAACAACAUGUUUACAUGAAGGGGAUUUGUCCUCAGUCCCUGUUCACUUUCUCUGAAAAGAAGCCUAGCAUUUGCUGUAGGUAACUUUGCAGUUUCAGAGUCAAGAUGGCCUCCCAACGGUUGACACGGGAGUCUUUCGAUGCAAUCAUGCAGGUCAAGGCAAAACGAUAUCUGGACCGAAGUGAUCCAAUCGAUGAGGCGCUUCAUCAACUUAGAGUUCACUCGCGGCCAGUCACACGGGCCCAGUACGACGAGGAGGAGGAAGAAUUUCAAGACGGUGGGAAGUUCAUGCGGGGUGACUGGAGGAAAGACACUAGAAAUGAAUAUUCGCUGCCUUCCUAUAGGUCCAGCAGCCACGUCACAGAGGAGGAGGAUUACUUUGCCAAAAGUAGCGCCAAACUCUCUUCACAGAAUCGGGACUACAGCCAGCUAACUUCAUACGAACAAGACUAUGGAAAUUCGUCGGCCGUGGAAAGAGAUUAUGCUGGCCCAUCUUCCCGAGACUAUGACAACGCUGCCUCAAGGGAACGGAAAUAUAGCCACACUCCCAUUCGAGACCCUUCCAGACGCCGUGAGGCUGACUUUGAUUCAUCAGAACUCUUGGGCGACUUCAGAUCAACACGGCUUCUGGAGGAGAAUUACAGGACUGCCUGUAGUCAGAAUUAUGAUCUGGAGCAGGGCCUCGAGACUGAGGGAGAAUUCGGCUCCGCUUUGAAUGCUGGGAGGGGAAGAGGUCUCCAAGGGAAACGUGGGAUCGCCACUAGAGGCCUAGUCAGAAGUAAAGAGGAGUUGGCUGCUCACCUCAAGAAAUGGGCCACUAAAGCUUUGUCCCCAGCAGAUGACCUUCUGUUAAAUCCUCUGGGUCUUGUCAAGCCAAGAACGAUACCUUCUCUUCACCCUCCACAAAUCCCAAGGCCGGGUCUGGCCUCUCUAAAGGGACUACAGCAAGAGGGAGCUCUGAAACCUACAGGGUACCUCCGGAUCAAAGAGCCCGACUUAGAACUUCUAGAUUCUUCGGAUAUUUUUGCAAAUUUUGGGGUUGAAAUCAUCAAGUGGGCUGGGUUCUAUGAAAUUAAGAGAGACCCGGAGUAUUCAGAACUUUUCCGUUUGCUCUUCACGUUAGAGACGGAGACCUGCGCCAAAAUGCUGGCAUCGUUUAAGUGCUCGCUGAAAACGGAGCACCAAGAUUUCUGUAUGAACAGCGUCAAGACGCUGCAACACCCAGCUCUGAGGACCCCUAAAGUGGACAGCCAGUUUCUGAACCUGCUGUUGGAGAAAAGGGUGAUGGUGACCAAGAAUAGUUUUUUUGAGGUCAUUAAGCCUUUCGACCGGUAUAUGAUGCGGCUGCAGGACUACCUGCUCAAGAGCACUACGCCUCUGCUGAUGGCCUGCAAUGCCUACGAGCUCAGAAUCAAAACGAACAGCUUCAGUAACACAGGGAAGAUGGCCACCGCUUUUCAGACUACGAUGUCCCUCUGCCGGAAAUCCUUGGCCCUCCUGGGCCAAACCUUCGCUCUGGCCUCUGCCUUCAGGCAGGAAAAAAUCCUGGAGGCCCUCAGCGUCCAGGAUUCGGCCCCUCCUCCUACCUUAUUUCCCAAUUUUGAUACUUCUGCCUUGUUUGGGAAAGAAUAUAUAGAAACCUUGCAAAGUUGGUUGGAGAAAAGUGGCUGCCAGAUGCAGUUAAAGAGAUCCGCUGCCAGUCCUCCAGCUCAGGCCUCACAACGUGCUGAUAGGAAAGUCGUUGAGACGAUUGAAAAGCUGGUGAAUACGAUGGUCUCUGGCACAUUAACAGGGAAAGAGAAGGCUGAACUGAAACACAACCCGGAGUAUUGGUUUCUCCUCGAGGAGGAAAGCCUCGAAUACAAGUACUACAAGCUGAAGCUGGAUGAGACGGAGAGGCUGAUGUCUGCAGCCAAGGAAGAAACCCAAGACAAGAAGACGUCUGAGCAGCAAAUCUCAGAAGUUGUGAGGAUUCUUUUGUACAGGAGGAAAGUGGCGAGGAUCAAGAAGAAGCUCUUUCAGAGGAGAAGGCCUGGGAUCCUGCAAAGAGCUGCGAGGGCCAGAAGAGCCAAGAAAUCCACCACUGGAACCCAGACGCUCUUAUCUGCCGGGUCGGUGCUGAAGCAGCAAGCACCCCCCCACACACCCAUGUCCAGUCCCGACAGGGACAAACCCGACGGUGAUCCGGAAGAGAUGCUGUCCCUAAAAGAAACUUCAGGAGAAACGGACUUGCUGAGGCUUUCCGAAAAUUCCCCGUCUUUGAUGAGCCAAUUCCCUGACGUGGACCCGAAAGUCAUGGUAACAGCUCAGAAGCUGGCUGAAUUUGUUGCUGAGGUUGGGCCGGAAAUCGAGCAGUUCAGCAUCGAUAACAGUGCCGAUAAUCCAGACUUGUUAUUUCUGCAGGAUCCAGAGAGUUCUGCCUUCAAGUUUUAUCGCAUGAAAGUCCAUGAAUUAUGCCCCUCUAUCAGCUUCAGUGAUAGGCAGGAAUCUGGUGGCUUCCAUGAAAGGUCUGAACCAAAGGAAAGCGAAUGGGGAAACCUGGAGGAGGAGGAAGAGGGCGAGGAAGAAGAAGAGGAUGAGGAAGAGGACGGGGAGGAGGAAGAAGCUCCCCAAGCUGACAUGGGAGAUGAAGAGGGAGAUGAAGAGGAGGAGGAAGCUGCAGAGCCAACUGAGGAGCUAGACGAAGCCAUGUUGGAAGAGGGGCUUAUGAAAGCAGAGCAUUCAAAGACCGCUGAAGAAGAAGAAGAAGGAGAGACCAGUGGCCUUUCAGAGCCAACGGCACAGGCACCCAUGCAGGGCACCCCCUUUGGGCGCAAGAGAAUCAGUAGCAAAUCCCUGAAAGUGGGCUUGAUCCCAGCCUCAAAGAGAGUGUGUCUCAUAGAUGAACCAACAGUACAUGAUCCGGUGCGGAUCUCUUAUGACCGACCUCGCGGCUAUCCUUCGUAUAAAAACAAGAAGCAACAGAAAACAAAGGAUUUGGAAUUCUAUAAUAAGAGACUAAAUGAGAAGAACAUUGGCUUCCAAAUACUUCAAAAAAUGGGUUGGCAAGAAGGGCAUGGCCUCGGGUUACAUGGCAAAGGCAUCCAGGAACCUGUUAAAGUGGGCUCUACCUCGGCAGGGGAGGGCUUGGGUGUUGCAGGGAAGAACAAAGAGGAUACCUUUGCUACGUUCCGUCAGAGAAUGAUCCAGAUGUACUAUAUGAAAAGAGCCAAUAAAUAGGUGACGAGUGGACCUAUUCAGGUAACAUCUCUUUUUUUCCAUGAGUCUUUCAAAGCAGCCAUAAAUAUGACAAAGACUUACGUUAAUCAAAUAACGUCUUGUACCAUAAAGAUUCUUAUGUGUAAAAUCCAUCUUAAAAACUGAUUAUCGACGGCAUUCGGAUUUGAAUUUAGAAUUCUUGCAGAUUAAUCAUACUUCUUAAUUCAUAUUAUCUGGAGUUCUGGGUAGCAUGUUUGCCAUCAAAUUUGUCCAGUCUUUCAGUUUUUCUAUUAUUGUCUCCAGAAGAUGUCUUCAUCUUGUUGGUAUUACCUUUUUUUUUUUUAAAUUUCAAUUCUCACAGCCAUGGAGUUUCUUUUCCCACCACAUUCCACUUUGGGGUAGGGUUUGAAAUAUGCAUGAUUCUCCACACUUGUUUUCAUUAAAAAAAAAAAAACUUGUGAUAGAUAGCAUAUAUUGCAGUAUCUUGUUUGGUAUUCUCCUAGCUACUUUCUUGAGACAAGCUUUAGAGCUCCAGGAAAUGCCAAAUAAAAUCAUGGCAUAGAAUAAAAGCUUUGAAGAUCAUGCUAGCAAGCAGCCAAUGACCUUUUCCAUCACUUUCUAAGAUGUUCAGAAGCCAUUGAUACAAACCAGCUGCUUCAUUACUUGAAUCAAAAGAUUUGCAAGUACAUUUGAAUUCUUGGAAGAAUUCUAAGUAAUUCCCAUCCUUCAGGCUUUUGGGGUCCAAUCCUAUCAAAUGGACACUGCCUUGAAGUCUAGACACCAUCCUGAUAUCUUUUUCUUUUCUAGCUCCUUAUUUUUAGGGCUGUUGGUUUCUCUUUCCUGUACACAGCAGAGCAUUGCCUAUGUUUGCCUGCUAUCAAAGCUACUAGUUUGAUCUGUAAGCUUGAAAUACUCUACAGACAUGCAACUUCUACUGGGGUUAAACCAUCAUUUU